CACACGUGUUCAACUUUUUUUUUUCACAUUUUCUCAUUCGUUCGUUUUCCCCGUGUAUCGUGUAAGAGAGUAAAACGCACUGUAUUUUGCGCAUUAUUGUGGCGCACCCUCGUUAUGUUUCACUCUGCAAUAGUGCCCACACAAUGCACCCGGUGUUAUUGCGAGGCGAAUGUCAAUCGUUGGGUUAAGAGCGAGUUGGCUUAUUCAGUGAAACUUGAAACAAAAGGGAUUAUUCGGGAGUGACACGAGUGCUUUCUUAGAUCCAUGGAAAUAGUGAAUGGUCUUUUGGUCUUUUAUUCAGGUUUUUGAAUGAAUUUGUCGGUUCAUGAAUGAAUUCAACAGAUCAAUACUCUUAUUCGAUGAGAAUGUAGUGAUAAGACUGAUUAAAAUCGAGUGAGCACGGAGUACUGGAGAUGCGAGUGAUAAUGAAAAUUGAAACGUCAGUUCAGUACUGACGAAAAAGGUCAUCAGGGUUAAUCGCAAUGUCUACGCCAGACACGAUGGACAGAAUCGACGAGGUCGAGGCGGCUUGGAAUGAGAUGCUGGAAUGUGAGACUGGAUCUCUCCUUGGUAGAGUAGCGGACCUCGAGAGGCAGUCCUUGGCACAGAGAGACGAGAUUGUUUGUCUCCGUGCAACUUUGGCCGAUGCAUUGAGAAGAAUCGCCCAAUUGGAAGGCAGAGAUAAGAGGGAGGAUGAGAGGAGUGAGAGGAGAAAUGAGAGACUCACUUCAUCACCGAUGAGAAAUGGCCAUGUACCUUUGCGAAGUGCCCAGAAUUUGACGCAGAAGGAUGUGAGGGUGAGGCAGACUAAUGCGUCGUGUUUGAGAUCAUCCCCUUCUUCGGGAUCUGCGCACGAUGUUAGAGACUCCAUUGGGAGCCCUAGGAGACCGGUGAGCUAUGCUGCACCAUCACAGUUACCACAAAGACGAUCGGUUCACUACCAAUCAACAGGCUCACUCCACUCGGACAGCCCAAGCAGCAGCAGUGUCUCCCCAGUUCCAUCACCAAGUCCCCGAGCGACUCCCCUACCAGUCGCCAGAUCGCCAACAACAAGGACAAAUGGGCCACCGCAGAGUAGUCUGAGACGAGCGAAACGCUGGUCGUCAACCGGUGACUUUACACACUCUCCACAGUCACCAGGCAAUAAUUCCCAACUGGGCACGGCAAGAUUGUCAGCAUCAACAAAGUCACUGUUCAACCUCUUCAAGCCCCCGGUUCUCAGCAACGUCAAGCACGGCACAAGAGAAAUGCAGUACAAUGAGUCUGAGGGAACGGUACGUAUGUACCUCCGAGGCAGACCGGUGGUGUUGUACGUGCCGACACCUGCGUUAGACACCUAUGACCCACACAAGGUUAAUACACCACCUCAAAGUAAACUCAAAUUAGAUUGGGUGUACGGAUACAGAGGGAGAGACUGCAGGAGUAAUCUUCAUCUGUUGCCAACCGGUGAAAUUGUUUAUUUCGUUGCGGCCGUUGUUGUUCUCUAUAAUAUGGAGGAGCACAGUCAAAGGCAUUACCUGGGGCACACCGAUGAUGUCAAAUGCAUGGCUGUUCAUCCGAAUAAGAUGGUGGUUGCAACUGGCCAAGUUGCGGGGACUGAUAGGAGAGAAGCUAUGCCCCACAUAAGAAUAUGGAAUGCUGUGAGCCUGGCGACUCUGACGGUGAUCGGAAGCGGUGAAUUUGACGGUUCAAUCUGUUGCCUGUCCUUCUCAAAAGCAGACGGUGGUAGUUACCUGUGUGCUAUUGAUGAGACAUCAGAUCACAAUAUCUCUAUUUGGGAUUGGCAGAAGAGCGAACGCGGUACAAAAGUCACCGAGACUAAGUGCUCAGUGGAUACGGUCGUCUGCGCUGAAUGGCAUCCACUGGAACGCAACCAAAUUGUCUCCUGCGGCAAGGGACAUGUGUCGUUUUGGUCGCUGGACAAUGGUGGAAUGCUGUACAAGCGUAUGGGGGUGUUUGAGAGCAGGGAGAAGCCGAGAUAUGUGACUUGUGUUGCUUUCAACCAGAAUGGAGACACACUUACUGGCGAUAGUAAUGGGAAUAUCAUCGUAUGGGCGAGAGGUACAAACACAAUAUCCCGACUAGUUCGAAAUCUCCACGAAGGCUCGAUCUUCUCAAUUUGCGUCCUGAAGAAUGGAAAUGUAGUGACUGGAGGCGGUAAAGACGGAAGGAUUCUCUACUUCGACGGAUCCCUGAAUUCCACUGGGGAGGGAGCGCAAAUUGAGGACCACUUCGGUGGGAUUCGAACAGUCUCCGAGGGGAGAGGAUCGCAGUUGUUGAUUGGAACAACUAGGAAUUGUAUUCUGGUUGGGGACAUAGAGAUGGGAUUUUGCCCUGCUAUGCUGGGGCACACAGAGGAGGUCUGGGGACUCGCUGCACAUCCAACACUCCCUCAGUUCGCAACUUCAGGGCAUGACAGACUCUUGCAGAUGUGGGACAGUCUCAGUCAUUCGGUUGUGUGGAGCAAAGAUAUUGGGGAACAAGCUCAGAGCGUGUGUUUCUCGCCUGACGGUGGAGUCAUGGUCGUGGGAUGUGUCUCGGGAAAGUGGCUGGUCAUUGAUAGUGAAUCGAGGGAAUUCUACACUCAACAUACUGAUGGCUCUGAAGCUCUUCAGGUGGUUAGAUUCUCCCCUGACGGAACAUUACUCGCCCUGGGUUCACGGGACAAUCACAUAUACAUCUACCAAGUCAACGAGGAUGCCAGAAAGUACAGUCGCGUUGGAAGGUGCAUGCCAAAGAGGAUACGACGGGUUCGUGGGCACUCUAGUUUUAUAACUCAUCUCGAUUGGUCUGUGGAUGGGCAGUAUUUGAGGAGUAACAGUGGAGAUUAUGAAUUACUAUAUUGGAAUGCAGGAGUCUGCAGACAAAUUCCCCAGUCCUCGACUUUACGAGACGUCGACUGGGCAACUCACACUUGUGUGAUAUCAUUCGAGACCAUCGGUAUAUGGCCAGAGGGGGCCGACGGUACCGACGUGAAUAACUGCGCUAGAAGUAGUGAUGGGAAGCUCUUAGCUACUGGAGAUGACUUCGGGAAAGUCAAAUUAUUCAGUCAUCCUGCUUGCCAACCGAAGUCAUUAUCACACGCCUACGGUGGCCACUCCAGUCACGUGACCAACGUAUCAUUCCUCCAAGACGACACACGUCUGGUAUCAGCAGGUGGUGCUGAUACCAGUGUUCUCCAAUGGAUCGUCAACUAAUCGUUCGAUAAAUGAGAGAGAAAAAUCGACGGAAAAUGAAGGUAGUCAUGAAACAUGGAGCUGAAGAGAACAAAUGGCCGAGAAUUUUCCAAAAAAUAUCUCGGCAAAUUAUAAAAAUUAAUGAUAAGAAUCAGAAAGAUGAGAUAACUAAAAGAUGAAAACUAUUGCAACCAUGAUACCGUCCAUGUGAAAGUGCGAAUUUAAAACAGUGUCAAUUUAUUUUCUACGUACUUACAUAUUUCUCGUGGAUUAUCAACUCUCCAAACCUGAUAAACAUAAUAUUCAUACUGCUGUUAUGAUUAUUUCUAGAAUAAUUUGCGCAAAUUGAGAGUUAAGUAGGUAAUACUUACGUGUGCUUUGUACGAGAUAAUUGUUUGAUAAUAUUUUUCAUGCGGAUGGGUGUCUUCAUGAUCUACGCAGGUGUAAAUAAUGCAAUAAGUAUAUUUGUUGUACGUUAUCAUUAACUGAUUGCUACGUCAUAAUAUUGUCUAUUUUCUACGUAAUCUUUCUCUAAUGUUUUUUUUCUUUUCGGUAUUAAAAUGCUCUACCAAAGUUCAAUUGAACAGUC